GGCUUUUGAAUGUUUAUUUCAAACUAAAUUCUUAGUGUAUUGAGCACACAUUUCGGAUAUGUGUAUUGAAAAUGUAUUUUGUUAUUAUAUUGAUACAUUUGAAUCAUCUGGUUAGUUGUUUCAUCGAAGAGGAAAAGAAAGAGAUAAAUGGUUCGAAUAGGAUCAAAAGAGUAGAUGUAAAAGAUCGAGAAUUCACGAACAGAAUAGUUUUUACAACGACAAGAGAAGAUGACCCAAGUUUAUGGUUUAAUAAUAAUUAUCAUCAAUAUGAAUACAUUGAACAGUUUUGGAUCGGGAAAACAAAGUAUAUCACUGCUCAAAUAAGUCAGAAGAAAACCAAAGAGGCAUUAAGUACUCUCAAAGAAGACCCGGAUAUAAAUGUUCUAAGACAAAGUUCUGAGAUUUCCUGGGUUAUACAAGAAAAGGCAUAUGUCAGAGUGAAAAGAACAGCAGAUACAGAAUGGCCCAACCUCUGGUAUUUGAAUGAUGAUGUAUCUCCGUCAAUGAAAAUCGACGAAGCUUGGGCGGCCGGUUACUCUGGUCAGGGUAUUAUAAUAGCAGUGUUGGAUGAUGGUUUACAGACAGACCACCCUGAUCUUGCAGUCAAUGUUGAUACUGACCAUGAUAUUGAUAUAUAUGGCUUCGAUCAUAAUCCCUAUCCUGCAACAGGAAGAAGUCACGGAACAGAAGUAAGUGGACUUAUAGGUGCAGUAAAGGACAAUAAUAUGUGUGUAGUUGGUGUGGCAUUUCGGUGUACUCUCAUAGGAAUUCGGAUUGCAGGUACUUACGCUCUAUCUGAUUCUGGGGAAGCUCGAGGCUUGAAUCACUAUAUUUCAAAUGUUGACAUAUACCACAAUAGUUGGGGACCUGGUGAUAGUUCUGGUUUCAAAGGACCCGGAUUACUUGCCAGAGAAGCACUGCAAUCUGGAGUAACUAAUGGAAGGAAUGGAAAAGGUGUUAUUUUCACAUGGGCAGCAGGUAAUGGACAACUUUCAGACAAUUGUAAUGCUGACGGCUAUGUCAAUAGUAUUUAUACUGUAGCCAUUACCGGUGUAGACAAUAGUAAAAAUGCAUGGUAUGCUGAAGUUUGUGCUCCUGCCUUAGCUGCAGCGUAUGGUGGAAGCCGGGAUGAUAGAUAUCUGACAACAACUACAACUUCAUCAGGAUGCAAAAGUGAUGGUAUCCAGGGGACGUCGUACGCAACAGCUAUUGCUUCUGGUAUUGUUGCGUUAACUCUCGAGGCUAACCCUAAUCUGACUUGGAGAGACAUUCAACAUCUGAUUGUUUUCACAUCAAACAGGAGUGGUUUUAACGACACCUACUCUAAUUGGUCAAUCAACGGAGCAAAUAAAGAAUUUAGCCAGGUACUUGGUUUUGGUUUGAUGGACGCAGAAGCUAUGGUGAAUUACGGGAAAAACUGGACAACAGUUCCAACGCAACAAAAUUGCACUUCAGCUACCAGUUCUCCAGAUUUGAGCACCAAUACAUCGGUAUCUGAUUCAAUUGAUGUAACAUCUGGUGACUGUUCAACGAUAAACUUUUUAGAACACGUGGUAGCUAACAUUUCAUUUUCCUACUCAAACAUGAGAGGUGUAACGAAGUUGUUUUUGGUAUCUCCAUCCGGAACCAGAAGUCAUCUAUUACAUUACAGAGAAAAAGACGCUGUCGAUAAUGGAACAGCAGGGACUCAAAGCUGGGCUUUUAUGUCAGUACAUUUUUGGAAGGAAACUCCAAUCGGAAUCUGGACUCUGGAAAUAAGUUCUCAUAAUAAGUCUGUAACCGUUACCUUAAAUAGCUGGUCACUUGAAUUUUACGGAACUUCAACCGAUCCAUGGCCAACACAUUUCAGUAGCGUCGUAACAACAGACACAACUAUAGACGUCGACACAACAACAUCAACGGUAACUGUUACUCCGUGUAAGUAG